CUUUCACUUCCGUCAAUCUCCCAGGUAAGAUCAACAAAAUGCAGUCACUCAGGUUCAGCGAUGGAGUAUUUAUGGAAGUCGGAGGCAUAUCAUUUGUGUAUGAAUAGAGUGUCAACGAAAGAGUGAUUCAGAUCUGGGGUCAUCCACCAUCAUUCAGGUUGCCCUAACAUGCCCGGUCGUAUUAGAGGAGGACACACUUACAACUACAGCAUGACGAAAAAGCAAAAACAAACGACGGAACACGAUGUUAUCUCAGCCAAAAAAAGGGAAGAAAGGGCUGUGAGAGAAGCGUACAAGAAGGAGAGAAAAAUAGAAUCAUAUCUUGCUGAUGAUGAAAAUUUUCCAAGUUUUGCCACGGAGUUGGCUAAAAUGGGAUUACAACUACGUGACAUUCCAGGCGAUGGAAACUGUUUGUUUCGUGGCCUUGGGGAUCAGUUAGAAGGUCACUGUCGCAACCACUUCCGUCAUCGCCAGGAUGUCGUCCGCUACAUGGCUGAACACCGCGACGACUUCGAGCCUUUCAUGGAGGAUGACAUUCCAUUUGAUACUCACAUACAAAACCUCAAGAAACUUGGUGUAUAUGCUGGUAAUGAUGCAAUUGUCGCCUUUGCCAGACUGCAUCAAGUGAACAUCGUGAUACAUCAGCUUGACGCCAAGCACCUCAUGAUUACUGGAUCCGCCCACAGCAAUGCCAGGCAGCUUCACAUCUCUUACCACAACGGCGACCACUACUCAAGUGUCAGGAAACUUAACGACAACACUGAGUCGCCAGCCAACAUCAGAAUACAGGAUGAGUCUGACAGCAAGGUCACCCCUCCCGGCUGGAUGAACGGCUACACAGAGACUCACAAAGAAGGCAGCGACGGAUACGUGCGAGCCAUUCGCGGAUGUCAGGCCAUAGAAGACGAGGUGGUAGCAGCCACAAAGUGUCAGGAUCUGACAAUGAUUCGUGAGACACUGGUUGACUGCAGCUACGAUGCGGAUGCAGCCAUAGCUCAACUUAUGCAGGUGAUGGAGCUUACAGAUAAAGACCAUUCAACCUCAUCGGCCGAAGACACCGAUUCCAUGUCAUCUCAGCGAACAUCGACAGACAGUGGGAUCUGGUCAGACAGUGGCACCGGACUGAGAGUGUUCGGUGCCACCAGCAUCCCAAGUUCCUCAUCCAGCAGGAAAGGUCAGCAUGUCCAUUUCCGGGACGAUAGUCUCGGCGGCAGCUCAGGAUACGGAUCCUUGAACAGUGAUCGUGGUGGUGCACGGCCAAAGCUGGUUUCCAUGCCAACACAGCCUAAUCGAGUGUCGUCACGGAAACUGAAAGAAGCAAAGAAAAUGGAAAAGAAGAUGAGAGCGGAAGAGCGACAUCGCCAGCGUGUCAUGGGAUCGAGGACGUUGCAGCCGCAGAUGAUCCCAGCUGACCCCAGCGCUUUCACAGUUGUGUCCCAUGCAGCCUCCAUUACCAGGAUAUAGGUCAAGGUCAAGGUCAUGUUGAUAGUGUGACCUGAGCACGCACAACGCUAUGGAAACUUCUGAAUGCAACUCUUACUUAAAUGGAAAAAUGAUAUAUUUUGUGUUGUGUAAAUUUGUAAAUAGAAACUAAACCAUAUAUAUAUAUCAGAUAAAUUAACAACAAUGUCUUGAGGUCACAGUGGUACAUAUAUCAUGAUAUUGCACAAUAAGAAAUUUAUUGAAUACUUUGUCAGCAAAUUUUUGGGUUGUUGGUUGAAUAAAAUGAAAAAAAAGAACAAGAUUUUAAAAGCACUAUGUACAUGGUCGUUGAUUUGAAGGAACAAGAACAUGAAGGAAAGGUGGGUUUAUUAAAUAAUUAUUGUUCAAUAAGCCACUUUUCUUAUCUGCCUUGAAGAUUUCCAUUAUCAAUAUUAGUUUUGCCAUAUUUUCUUUAAAGAAUUUCAGUAACCCACUUUUGCAAUUUUAUACUGGCAUGUCUGUAAAUUGAGUUCUUUUACACAUGUAAUGAGUGAAUCCUUGGAUUUUGAAUGAGAACAAUGGAAAAUCUGUUUUUUCAAUCACUGUUAUUCUUUAUUAAAAGAAAUCAAAUCUUCACUAGCUCCCUGAUAGAAUGUUUUCAAAAACCACCUCUGCCUGCCUUUUAAUUUGAAAAAACUUAUCACCACCAAACAAAUAUUUAACUGGAAUUAUUUUGGAAUUCUGUGAUAAAUCUGCAAAUUCCAUUUUAUGGCUUUCACACCAACCAGAAAAUGGCACUUAUGCCAUACUUCAUGUGCCAUGUUCAGAUUAAUAUUCAUAUUUUCUGAAAUGUGGAAUCAGGAUACAUCCUGAAUAUUAUAUAUUUGUUACUGUUAUAUAUUAUAUAUGUGAUGCUGCUCUGAAAAGGGUAAUUCUAACUAUGUUAAAUGCCCAAAAAAGUUAUGGAUCAUUGGGUUCAUGAAAUUGUGUAUUCAGUCUUUACAAGAAAAAAGUAUCCACAAAAAUAAUCAUGAUCCCUAACUUAUUCUGUUUGGUAUAUAUAUGUUUUCAGUCUUUACAAGAAAAAAGUAUCCACAAAAAUAAUCAUGAUCCCUAACUUAUUGUUAGGUAUAUAUCAAUAUUAUCGGUAUAUCAUAAUAUACCAUGAGAGAUGACUAAACAAAAUUAUGGAUCAUAGUUGUUUUUUAAAAUGUUCAUGAAAUUGUGUUUUCAGUCUUUUACCACAAAAAAAAACCUAUCCAAAAAAAUAAUCAUGAUCCAUAACUUGUUCUGUUUAGUAUAUAUUACUUAAUAUUAUAUCAUAAUAUACCACGAGCCUGAUGACAGAAUGUAUUUAUUGUAAAUAAUGUUUCAUGUGUGAUAUUGAUGUUGUGUUACCAUUACAUGAACUAGACAUCAUAAUACGUUGACUGACUGUCUCUUCUAAAGGAUGGCAAUUGCAUAAAUGACACUCAUUCAUCCAGAAAUGGACAUUUUUUUAUUUAUUUCACUGCAUUUGGAUGGCAAAUACUGAGCUUGAACAUCUGAACAUGACAGAGCUUAUUUCAUAAUAAGCAAGAACCGGUAAGUUGUAUUGGAAGGCCAGUUUAGUUACUAGAAACCUGUAAAUGUGUAACAAUGCAACUGUCAUAUGUAUUUCCGAUACCUUCCUCGAUCUUAACAUGAACCACUUUCAAUAAGUAAUAGAUGGUUCAGAUUUUCCAAUAUGGCAGACAAGGGGAGACAACUCACACCAUACUAUUUUGUCAUCUGCAGAAAAUACACCACUGACAUUCUUGUGAAAGUCAUUUGGAAAUAUCUUGAUGCUGAGUGUUGUAGAACUGUCUGAAAAUGGUAAAUAUUCUGUUAAUUUAUGUUAAGAUCAUAUUCAGUUUUUCUCAUCACUCAUGUUUGGACUAUUUGACAUCGUUAGAACAUAUUUAUCAUACUUUCACUCAUACUCUCCCUGGUUUUUGAGCCAUUAUGUAAUGUUUUUGUAAUUAGGCCAGAUCAUAUUUUAUUGUUUUUGGGGUUUUUUUUUUUUUUUUUGUUACAGUGUUUUAUUUUUCAUUUCAUUAGUCAAGACAUCCUCAACAUCUCCACAGCUUGCACUUCAGUAAACCACACAAAGGUGGGUAAUUUGUUAGAACUACAGGACUGGAUUAAUGUAGGUUUAUUUUAAUUCCAAAAUAUAAAGAUGUCUCUGCUGAUUUUAGAAUUUUAGACACUUUUUGUAUGAAAUAUUUCUUUGAAAAAACAUUCAACGUAUUUUCGGAGGAAAGUCGUUUGGUUCUGGGAGAUUUUUGCACUUAAUCAGUUGUCUAAUUUGGCAUUAAGCAACACUCACUCAAAGCAUAAUUACAGAUGGCAGUCUACAGCACUUUAUGUCAUAUUGGAAGUCUGUGUAAGAAUGUGAAAAGUCUUUUUUGAACGUGUCCCUAUGUUUUGCACCUAUUUUCCUUCUCUUUUACCUAUCUCUAAAAUUUGAAGUUUCCAGUUGAGAAAAAGGGGUCCUACCUCAUCCAAACUUGUGAAUUUUUUUAUGUUAUUUCCAAUUGUGUUUGACAAUAUUUACUGGAUUCAGUCACUAAUAAAAUUCUUCUUGUUUGUGAUAAUAUAACAAGCUCAAGCUCUGUUCCAUGUCCACUAUUGAAUGUAUAAUAUUUCUAGAAUCUCAUGAACUCAAAUUUGCUAAUUGAUUUCAAUUUUUUAAUUUUUGUAGCGCCAGAUGUUUUCAUGGAUGAUUUUGAAUCAUGUUCAUCAUGAAUCAUGUCUUCAUGUUAAAAAUGUUUCCAUGGAGACAGAACAUACGGGCAGCAUAAAUGCUCUGUAGGGGAGCAUAAGCUAUUUGGGGAGGAAAAAUGUUUCCGUUAUAUUAUUACAUGUAUUUGGGUAUGUGUUCCAAGAACUGGAAGCAAGAAUAGAAAAAUAAGAAUUCUUUUCAGAGUUAUUUAAGGUUAUUUCAAACUAAUAAUUUAUAAAAUACAUGUUUAGAAAAAAAACAACAA